AACGAAGAGGUUGAUCUGGCAACAAGGAGGCAGCAGUUACUCCAGUCAAUCGCUUCGGGCGGGAUGGAGCUCGGCUCAAACGGAAAAGCAAAGCAAGACGAAGACGCGGACGAGGGACCAGAAGUGCAGAGCAACAAGGUUGCCGCUGAGAAGGCCGCACUUGCCGAACGUUUGCGUCAAGAAAACAUCGCCAAGACCGCCGGUGAUUCCGAGCAAGCAUCUUCAGCUGCGAGUCGCCGCGGGCUCGACGUAAACAGCGCACAGCGGAUGCUCUACGGGUCACUAGGCGUGCGUCCGCCCAAGACACAAGAGCAGAAAGAUACCCUACAAAAGCGACUUGCAGGCCGUCAGGGUACAGAGAUGCCCAAACGAAAAUCGAGCGCUCAGGCCGAGCAAGCUGAAGUCACAGAAGAGGCAGAAGCUGACGAUGAAGAUGCCUGGCUGCAAAGAAUCGACCUCCGCGCAGUAGAAUGCUGCGAAGAAGGC